CUGUGUCAAUACCUCUAACACAAUGAGUGUGGAUGAAGAUGCCAGGUGGCUGGAGUGGAUCACUAAGCAGUUUGAAAGCAUUGCUGGAGAGGAUAAAGAAAUCGACCUGGAGGAAUUCAAAACAGCACUUAAAGUAAAAGAGUCCUUCUUUGCAGAAAGGUUUUUUGCAUUGUUCGAUUCAGAUGGGAGUGGGUCGAUAAGUCUGGACGAAUUACUAAAGGCCCUGAACCUUCUUAUCCAUGGAAAUGAAACAGACAAACUGAGAUUUCUCUUCCAGGUCUACGAUGUAGACGGCAGUGGCUCGAUCGACCCGGAUGAGCUGCGCACUGUUCUGAAGUCAUGCCUGAGGGAGAGUGCCAUCUCUCUGCCUGAGGAGAAACUUGACGAUCUGACACUCGCGCUCUUUGAGUCUGCUGACAAAGAUAACAGUGGCUCCAUUACUUUUGAAGAGCUGAAAGAAGAACUGGAGAAUUUUCCUGAGGUCAUGGAAAACCUGACAAUAAGUGCUGCUAACUGGUUGAAGCCUCCUGACAUCCACAAGAAGAGAAGACACACGCCCCGAUACCUGACCCAGGCGUACUGGCAGAACAACUUCCGCAAGCUGCUGUUCAUGUGCUGCUACAUCUGCUUGAACAUCUUGCUGUUCACCUUCGCAGCACUCAGACACACCACCUCCGGGUUUUGGGUCAUGGUGGCAAAGGGCUGCGGACAGUGCCUGAACUUCAACUGCACUUUUAUAGUCAUCCUCAUGCUGCGGAGAUGCUUGACUUGGUUGAGAGCUACGUGGGUUGUGAGAGUUUUUCCCUUGGAUCAGUAUGUGAUUCUGCACCAGCUGGUGGGCUAUGCUAUGUUUGGGCUGACGGUUGUGCACACAGGAGCUCAUAUCAUUAAUUUUGUGCUCUUGACUCAGAGUGUGAGCAGCUUUCACCUGUGGGAGUAUCUGUUUACAACAAGGCCUGGGAUAGGCUGGGUGUAUGGCACUGCCUCCAUCACUGGAUUCAUCCUGCAGUUUCUCAUCUGUAUGAUGCUAAUCUGUUCCAGCACAUUUGUCCGCAGGAGUGGACACUUUGAGAUUUUCUACUGGACCCAUCUCUGCUAUAUUUGGGUGUGGGCGCUGCUUGUUAUCCACGGGCCGAACUUCUGGAAGUGGUUUUGUGUCCCAGGGUUCGUGUUUCUGCUGGAGAAGAUUGUGGGUAUAGCUGUGUCACGCAUGGGUGGCCUUUACAUCGUGGAAGUCAACCUGCUGCCAUCAAAGGUGACUCAUCUGGUAAUUAGGAGACCGGUGUUUUUUAACUACAAACCUGGUGACUAUGUUUAUAUAAACAUUCCAGUUAUAGCCAAAUAUGAAUGGCAUCCUUUUACCAUCAGCAGUGCUCCAGAGCAACACGAUUCUUUAUGGCUUCAUAUUCGAUCAAUGGGCCAAUGGACCAACAGUCUAUACGAGUACUUCAGACAGCCUGAGCCAAUGAGCAACAAGCCCAAGAGAUUAACCACCAAUCUGAGAAACAGGCAACAUCAAAAAUGCACUCAGCUCUCCACCAAAUUAAAUGAGAAUCACAGAUUCUGCAAUAUAAAGUGUUACGUCGACGGCCCGUAUGGGACACCCACCAGACGCAUCUUCACCUCUGAGCAUGCUGUGCUUAUUGGAGCUGGGAUAGGCAUUACCCCCUUUGCUUCUAUCCUGCAAAGCAUCAUGUACAGGUAUCGAAUGAGAAAACUGAACUGCCCAAACUGUAACUAUUCCUGGUGUGAGAAUCUCAAGGACAAUGAAAUGAAGCUCAGAAAGGUUGACUUCAUCUGGAUUAACCGGGAUCAGAAAUCAUUUGAGUGGUUUGUGAGUUUGCUGACCAAAUUGGAAAUGGACCAAGCUGACGAGGAACCUGAAGGUCGUUUCUUGGAGAUGCACAUGUACAUGACGUCAGCUCUCUGUAAGAAUGACAUGAAAGCCAUUGGCUUACAGAUGGCUCUGGACCUAUUGGCAAAGAAAGAGAAUCGAGACUCCAUCACAGGACUGAGGACCAGAACCCAGCCGGGACGUCCAGACUGGAGCAAGGUUUUUCAGAAAGUUGCUGAGGAAAGGAAGGGGAAGGUUCACGUGUUUUUCUGUGGCUCUCCUGUUCUUGCAAAGAUGAUUAAAGCUCACUGCGAGCAAGCCGGCUUCAAAUUCUACAAGGAAAAUUUCUAAAGGCAACCGUUCAUCUCCGACAUCCGCACAGGGUCACUCACUGCAUGUGCAGUGGUUACCGGACUCUAUGAACUGUAGUGUUUAUUCACCUUGCAUAUCUCACUGAAUGCACUGAGGUGCUUUUGAAACAUCUUUCAACUAAAAAAAAUAAUUUAAAAAAUCAGUGAAACCCUGUAUAGCUGAACAUGUAAAGAUGAAAGGAAGCAAUAAUGAAUAGACUUGCUGAAUCCAGACGGCACCUCUGCUUCUUCAUUAGAAGCAUGCUAAUGAGCCCUGGCCUUAAUGUUAGUUCCCUGUUCCUGUUUCCAUAACCCUUGCUAUAAUCUUUUAACCAUUUAAAUAAUGCAUUCACUUUCUGACAUGAUUAGAUUGGUAUCUAGUAAAAGGAUUGUUAUGUUACUCUACAGUACUAGUGCGUUUUGUGGGUA